UUAACAUACGGUUUAAAAAAAAAAAAUCGUUUGCAAACAGACAAGCUUAUUAGUAUUUCCACUGCCAGAUCAAUUAAGAAGUCCACGCUUCAGUGGAUGUGUUUAUGGGUGGGUGGGGGGUAGGCGUUAGCUGUUAACUCCGGGGUUAGCCACACUGAUGCUAAGGAAGUGUAGCCUUGUUUACAGGAAGUAGUAGCAUAUAGUAAAAGUGAAACAGAUUACAACGUCGCUGCGUUCAAAAGCGUCAUAUACAUGUCAACGUGAGAGUUAUUAAUAUGUAUGUUUGAUUUUAGAGAAUAAAUAGAUUCAUGACGUGCAGGCAGAAAGAAUAUUAGGUCCGUCCGGUCCGCGAACAAGUAGCAUACUCUUGUCAACUUUUACUUCUUAUUUCCGUGUGACGGUUUGAUAGUUCGUUUUUUUUAUUAUGUAUCUGUGCUCCAUGUUGGAAGAAAAUGCAUAUUAGUGGGAACUACCACUGCGUCGCGACACCUGUUGUUUCUUGCAAGUCCUGCCCUGAGACAUGGAUUUCCUCACUUUGUUUGCCAUCUACGUUGCUUUGGUGCUGACGUGCAUCGUCCUCGUCUGCAAAUAUUCCGGACAGAAGCAAAGUCCUUUGAAUAUUUUCCUCAGCUGCACAAUAAAGGUUUUUGCACCAAUUACUCCAAAAUGGCUCCAGCGGUUUUCACAAUGGACAAUGCACACAUUAUUUCAUCAAAGGAACAACACGUUCAUCUACCUGCAGAUCCUGCUCGAGGCUGCUGUGUAUGCAGAGUUCACCUACGAAGUUUUUGGUUUUUGCAGAGAUAUGGACACCACUCUGACAAGCCUGUCUGUACCUUACAUCCUGCUCACUGCGAAAACUGUCUUCUUCUACCUCUGCAUCAAAAAAGAUCCAGGCACCGUGACCAUGAGGAAUGUAUCCAGCCAGUUGUACUUGUAUCCAUACGACAAGAGGCUGUUUCACCCGGGCGUCACGUGCCCCACCUGUAAGCUUAUCAAACCUGCCCGCUCCAAACACUGUAAAAGGAGGACUUUUGUUCUCCUCCAUUUGAAAAUGCCGACAUUGUCCGCACUUCUGUUGGAUUCCAGUCAAUGCAAGUCAUCAGAAUCAGGUGUGUGCAACAGGUGUGUCCGGCGUUUCGACCACCAUUGCAUCUGGGUGAACAACUGCAUCGGUGGCCAGAACACACGAUACUUCAUGUUGUACUUGUUCAGCGUCUGUGCCAUGGCGGGUGACAUUUCACUCCUGACAGUCGACAUGUUGCUUCACGCCGUGUUGCGUUCAGGGCUGCUGAGGGCCAGUUAUAUAGACGAGCACGGCCAGCAGCAGCCAGCUGGGCCUGUAUUUGUCAUACAGCAUCUGUUCCUGACCUUCCCCCGAAUCAUCUUCAUGCUGGGAUUUGUGGUCUUUGUCUUCUUCCUGCUGGCCGGUUAUGCCCUGUUCCAUUCCUUUUUGGUCCUCGUCAAUCAGACGUCCAACGAAUGGUACAAAAGUCGAGGUUUCUCUUGUCAUCACUGCCGCCCGACUUCGACAGCAGACCACCUGUGUGGCACAGCGCCGUCGAGAAAGUACUUCUACAGCAGAGGCUUACUCCGAAAUUUGGGGGAGAUUUUUUUUCCUCGACAACCUUUCCGGAAAAAACACACUUAGUAGCCUGUCAGGUUGCAUCCCUGAUUCAGGACUGCUACUGAGACAAUAAACUUUAUUUCUGACAUUUUCUAUGUAAAACAUUUGUUUGACCAAUAAAUGGCAUGGUUAAAAUUCAACAAAUAAUAAUAGCCAUUAUAUGACAUUUGUGUGUCAUUUAUUGCAAUUUGAAUGACAGCCUCACUAUCAACCGGAUCCCAUAGUUUCUUCCUUAAUGAGACCAAAAGCAUUGAUAAUACAGGAUUAUGGCACUGUCUUCAACUGCACAAUACAACUAAUACUGUAAUAGUACUCAUGACAAAGAGAUCCUUUGUUUUGAAAUGUUCACUAAAAAUGCACCGUUUUUCAUACUGUCUCAUUUUUAGUACGAUUAAAAACAGGUCGGUGACUACAUCUCUCUGCAUUUUAAGUUUUAUUUUUAUUUUACUAAGGCUGCUUGGUAACCCAGCACAGAGCCAAAUAAAGUUGCAACAUGUGAUAAUAGUCCGAUCAAAGUUAUCAACCGCCUUAUGGGAAAAAGCGUUGUGUCAGCUGUUGAUAGUGCAACCACCUCCCUCAAAUGUGUCACAUUUCACAUGUCAGGUAAACCGUGACAAAUAUGAAUCCCCUUCCUAUUAUAUGAGCUUCAUGUUGCGUCGGAAAAAAUUACUUUUCGUGAGCGUCGCAUGGUCUAAAGCAGGGGUGUCAAACUCAAAUACAGAGUGGACCAAAAUGUAAAAUGGAACUAAGCCGCGGGCCAAAGUUGAACAAAUGAAUCUUUUAAGAGGGAUCCAAAAAAACCUACACAAAAGUUGGUACUUAAAGAAACAUUUUAUGUGGUAAAGGUUAUUGUUCCUACCCACAAUUUAGACCAUGGGUGUCAAACUCUGGCCCGUGGGCCAAAUUUGGCUUGCCAUGUGAUUUCAUUUGGCCCUUGAGGUUAUAUCAAAUUAAGAUUAGAGCUGGCUACAACCUGUUGUCAUGUCCGCUUUUCCGCCAUAGAAACAAUGUGCCGGCCCAGUCACAUAUUAUCUGCAGCUUUAACACACACGAAUGAAUGCAACGCAUACUUGGUCACCAGCCAUACAGGUCACACUGGGGGUGGCCGUAUAAACAACUUUAACACUGUUACAAAUAUGCGCCACACUGUGAAGCCACACCAAACAAGAAUGACGAACAUAUUUCGGGAGAACCUCUGCACCGUAACACACGUAAUACCCAGAACCCCUUGCAGCACUAACUUCCGGGAUGCUAUAAUAUACACCCCCGGUACCACCAAACCUGCCCUCACCCCCUCCAAUUUUUAUUUAAAUUUUGAUAUGCCAUUGAUAUUUUUAAAUCAUUAUUGAUAGGUUGAUUGGAAACACUAAAUUGGCCCUAGUGCACAUGUUGUCUCUCUAUCUGUGUUGGCCCUGUGAUCAGGUGGCGACUUGUCCAGGGUGUACGCUGCCUUCCGCCCGAAUGCAGCUGAGAUAGGCUGCAGCGCCCCCAGAAGGGACAAGCGGUAAAAAAUGGAUGGCUGGAUAAAUAAUUUGAAACUCGACUUUGCAUGUCACUAUAAAGUCAUAUAAGCCUUGCUUGUUCAAUAUUCAAUGCACAACUUUUUUGGAUCCCUCUUAAAAGAUUCAUUUGUUCAACUUUGGCCCGCGGCUUAGUUCCAUUUUACAUUUUGGUCCACUCUGUAUUUGAGUUUGACACCCCUGCUUUAGACCAUGCAACGCUCACGAAAAGUAAUUUUUUCCGACGCAACAUGAAGCUCAUAUAAUAGGAAGGGGAUUCAUAUUCGUCACGGUUUACCUGACAUGUGAAAUGUGACACAUUUGAGGCAGGUGGUUGCACUUUCAACUUUAGCCGCCAAAUAGCAGUAUAGUGAUGAAUACCCUAAAAUGUGUUUUGUGGCAAUUCCAAAUUUGACCAUAGCGUUAAGUUACUGUGCAGAGUGACGCUUCCCAUCAUAUAUAUCUCCUCAUACAAUCUUCCUCUCACCCGAGAUCCACACAGGAAUGUGGCCGUAUGAAUUCCUUCCCUACUGUAAAUGAAAAAACACAAUUUAACAAUAGUUGAUUUUCUUAUGUUUUUUAUUUUUUAUUCUGUAACACUGUAUAGGUCAGGAGGUGUGUCGACUGUGUGGCUACACAGUAAAAAUGUCUUUAUUUAGGCAAAAUACCACGCAGAAUGUAUUGCAAAAAAACAACUUUGUUGGAUUAAAAUAUGUUUACAUGGUAUUUUGCAUUAAGGCAAUUAAACAGCUGAGACAGGAGACACACCUUUCCCUGGUUGUCCCUGCCAACAUCAGCUGUCAGAUAGACCUGUACAUGUAAUGUUGUAGCCGGUGGUCCUUGUUCCUCUACACUUGCAAGUUUUGGAUUCCUCCGCCUUGGUUCCUGUCUGUUUGUUUUUGUUAGUUUUUUCACUCACCCGUGGAAUUUUGUUUUUUCCACGCUGGUGCUAGCUUAUUUUUUCAUUAUUAAAAUAUUUUACUUGCA